AGUCAGCAAGGGCUUUCAACGCUCUAUAAAUACAGAAUCCCUAAAACAUAAAGUACAGAAGAACUCUUGAGGAAAAGAAAUUCAAAUAAAUUUCCAUCUUUGGGUAUUUGCCGCUCGCUAAAUUUUUACCAGAUAUCCCUAGGUCUCCAUCAGAGUUGGACCCUUGUCUGCAUCUGGGUAUCGCCGGAAUCUACCUCACAGUUGAAUUUCUCAAAUUUUUUCUUCAACAACUUUCUGAUGGAAUCUCCUUGGAGAGCUUCUCAGACUUCUUUGCCGAAUCAUGGUGAAAAUAAUGGUUCAACUCCGCUGCAUCCUGAACCACUUAAUGUGGCCCCCAUAAGUUGUGUUCCAUAUACUGGCCCUCCUCUACCAUACAGUUAUCAUACUUCAGCGUCACCAGACAUUAAUACUGGUUCAGUCCCAGUUGAAGCUGAUUCCAAGCAUAUCAGCUCUCAGCAGCAUGCUGGGGGUCAGCCUGCAAUGAUUUUUUUCACUGCUUGUCCAGCCAGAGAGGAGUGGGAUAAUCUCAUAAAUUAUGCUAAUGGUGGGGUUGCACUGACUGGAUCUGCUUUAUUGGGAAAGGUUGGACCACUUAUUGGAUCAGUUGAUAUUGCUGAAUCCGAGGAUGACUAUGUAUUUCGUGUUUCACUCCCCGGUGUCGCAAGGGAUGAAAGAGUGUUUCGCUGUGAUGUUGGACCUAAUGGGGCAAUCGUCAUAAAAGGAGUGAGCGAGACUGGAGAGAACAUGGUUCGCAGGGACAACAUGGUUUUUAAGAUGCAAACUCAAAACCUAUGUCCACCGGGAGAAUUUUCUGUUUCAUUCCAGCUACCAGGUCCAAUUGAUCAUCAAAACUUGAAUUGUGUUUUUGGAUCUGACGGGAUUUUUGAAGGAGUUGUGAAAAAAAGGACAACAGGUCCUUUAAGGGGUAUUUAGAUCAGAAUAUUCAGCUUGAUGGUAGGAGAGAGGCCAAAUUUGAGAAGACUAGGAGCAAUGCUGCUGUUGAUUUCAGGACCUCUGUGCAGCUUUAGGCCUUAUUUUGCAUCAUACUUUAGUUCUUUUGUGUGUAUGUCUUUUUGUUCUUUCCAUUGUUAAGACUUGCUAAGGGCAUAGCUUACCAAACUGGGCUACUUUUACAGAAUGGAAAGUUUGGGUCCACGUCUCUGAAAUCGGCUUAUCCACGCGAUUUCACCUUUGUCUCAGCACUCUACCCCCAUUGCCUGUCUAAACUAAAGGAUUUUGUUUUGUAUUUGAAGACCAAGUAUUUGGUCCUUGCUGUUUAA